UGUGCAAAAAACGGGGGUGUUUUAAAAAUAUUGAAAUUGUUUUAAGUGAAGUAUUUUAUGGUUGAAAUUGAUCAUAAAGAGUUAUAUUCAUAUUUUACCAUGUAAGUGAAAUGUUAUUUUGCACUAAACAAGCAUUUAAUGCAUUAAAACAAGUUGUUUACCUUUCCAAUAAAACGAAAGUUGACUGACACAGAAAACAAUUAUGCGAAGGGGAACAACUCGAUACAAUCGUAAUAACUCGGCCUCCUCCGACAAAGCUUCGAGAUAGACCUCGUUAUACAAUCGUAACAACUCGGCCAUGGCCGAAAUGUUCCGAGCGAUUUAAAACUGUGCCCUGAAGCCUUGCAGGUGCCCUUCAUGUAUAUAUCGUUAUGUUUUGACAGAAUGAAAUGAAAAAAAAGCCGUCAAACUCAUAAUUCUUCUUUGAUCUGGAAAAUUCCAUGUUUAUCUACAUAAUGGAUAGUAUGAACAGGCAGCAAAAGAGUUGUUUUGAAAACCAGACAACUACUAGUGGGAAGUAGUAAGAGAUAUAAAAAAUGGACAAGCUGUUACCCAACAAUGAAACACAGGACAAUUUCAUUCAUCGCAUUGAGACGGAAAUCCCCAAGUCCAGCCUCUACUGGUUUUUCAUCUCACUGGGCUUUGCCAUACUAUGGACAAUUUAUAUUGCUUUCUACAACUCCAGAGUACUCGGUCUGUUUGCAUCACUGAUAGCAAACAAGCUCCAUAAAGAUGGCCACAUCAGUAUCGGCUCCCUGUCCUUAUCUGUCCUGUCCGGCAAGAUUAUGUUCCGAGCCCUCCACUAUAUCUCCGAAGAUUUCUCUGUCAGAAUUGAGUAUGGCUGGAUCAUUUUCAAGUGGUGGCGGCCAUAUGAGUUCAAGACACUUGGAGAAGAUAUGUCACAUGGUGAGACGCGACUUUUCGCCUUCAUUGACUCAUUUGAAGUGCAUGUGUACAACCGCUCGGCUACUUAUGCCAGACUGGAGCGUCUAUUUGGGCUGAGCACACAGCUUCCCUGUGCUGAUGAUGAAGCAGAUGUGGAAAGUAGGGAUGGAGUAGAGAAACCCAUUGAGGAAGAUGGUGGGAAAAAGAAAGGAGUUGACAUUGACAAAAACAACUACCACUGGAGAGACUUGAUUCCUGUCUGCAAAUUUGAAAUCACCACUUGUCGCUUUAUAUUUGGAAACAAACUAAUCCCAAACACCUUGAUAAUGCACCUGGACAACAGUCAUGUGAUCUACACGACAGUUCAACCCACGACCAUGUUUGAUCUCUUCAUGCACGACCUGAAGAUUCGCUCAGACAACCUCCGUAUCAUGUUUGUGCCUAGUGACAAGCACACUACUAAUACUGUGGAUGAGCCUCCAAGGAUGAUGGGGGAGGGGUUUGUUCUGCUGCAGUCAACAGAUGUCAAGAUGCACUUCUACGCUGACCAGCCAGGUGUUGUUCAGCUGGGCCCUGAGCGUGUGGAGCUAGCGGAUGGGGAGCCCGUCCUAUCAAGAACCUACCCAACCAUUGCCCUGGAUGUGGAGUGUGGCAAAAACACAGACUUCAACUACGGCCCCUGGGCUGACAGACAGAGGGAGUACCUGUGGAAGUUUUUCUACCCGUCUAGCUACGAGCCCAUGGUGCCCACUAAGCCCCCUGAGACAGGAAUGAUAAGGAUGUACAAGACAUUUGAGUUCCGUAUGAACAUUGUUGCUGAGGCAACCAACGAUGUACUCUUUACCAAGAACUCUGAGACCCAGGCCAUUCAUAUGAACAUGGGCCAAGGUUCAUACAUAGAGGCAAGCAUUCCCUGGAUAACAGGAGAGAAUGGGUACACAUCGGUGAUUCGAGGACAGUUCCUCCUGCUUGACGCCACAACCAGCAUGAGAUUCCGGCCUUUCCUACAGUGUGAAACAUUAGAUUUCAAUGUUUCUGUGGCCUAUCCUCUGCAAUGGAAUGACCACCAGGAUUGGAAAUGUAACUUCACUGCAACAAAGGCUACAGUCUACCUUAUAUUUGAACAUAAACAUUUUUUCGCAGACCUGAUAGAUGAUUGGUCAGCCACGAGCGUGCCGGAUGUGGUCCACUUUGUCCCGUACACAUAUAACGUCAACAUUCUGAUUAACCAGUUUGAGCUUGUCACUCUAUGUAAUGAAUACAACUGGAUCGAUACUUCCUCACAAAACCCAGAAAAUGCCCACAUAGCAUUCUGUGGUGACCUGUUUGACCUGUCUGUACAGCUUCCAUACACAGACUUCCUGCCUGACACUAAUUCAAUAGGCUUCAUCUUCAAGGUUGAGACUGUAUUUUGUCGCCUCUUCUUGCCUGAAAACAACACUAGCCGCACUGUGAUAAUCGCCCUGUCAGAGAACAUGAAAAUAGUGGAUCGGGAUGGCAACCUUCUAGAGAAACCAUUCUGUUAUGACAAAGAGAAACAGUGGCGUAAGCUCACUGUUAGAAGUGCUGGCUGGGUUGACUGCUGGAUGACCUCUAACGUUUCCCUGAGCCUGACGUACAAGUACCACCCGAUGCCAAUCCUGCUCAAGGUCGAUGCCCACCACAUUGUCACCCCCUCCAUUGAUGACAUCUUGACCAUGCCUGACAACGCAGGGGAAUUUAUCCCUAUGGGGCCGAUCCAGCGGGACUCCUCAGCCUCAUGUUUCCCCGGGCCCGGGUUUGAUGCAGGGGAGAUGGAGUCAGAUCUUAUUGCUGUAGAACUGGAGGUGGCGCCAUCUAUUCUGGUCCUUUAUGGGUCACUGCUGCGUAACUUUCUUCAUGUCAAAGAGAACUACCUUGGGGAAGACCAGUCAUAUUCAGACUUCUACGACAACCCGGCCACAGUACAGGAAGUGCAGGAGGAGGCCGGACUGGAGGGGCCACUUACCGAGAUUGAGGUUAAGGAACGGGAGUUUGACCCCCGCAAGUACCGGCCCUUUAGUGUCACUGUGUCUGCAACCCUACAUGAUAUACAGGCACACCUUGUAAAGAACUGUAACCAGGAGAAUGUUCCAUGUCCAAGUGUCUACGUUGAGCGUGUGGGUUUUGAGAUGGACAAGCACUACCGGGAAACCAAGCUUCAGGUUCUUAUUUCUCCUGCCCUCCUCAUCUCACGGGACAGCUUUGAGAGAGAUUCAGACCAGAACCACUUGAAGGAAGGGCACCUUGCGUUGUCAGGGUUACAGGUGAGAGGUCACGCCAUGUUCUCCCAUGAGGGUCUGCCCCUGGACUCAGAGACCCUGGAGUAUGCCUGGCUGGUGGAGGCCACUAUAGGGAAUUUGUCAGGAAGGCUCACUUCACCACAGAUCCAGGGUAUUGUGGAGUUUGCACAGACAUUUGUGAUGCUGGUGGAAGAUGCAGAGAACAGCCUACAGCGGGCCGUCACAUACCAACUGUGCCAGCACAUGAUACCCCAGCAACAGUGUCGACAACUCCAGCCUCGCUUCAGCUUCCCUUGCCCCUCCUCUGAGGAUAUCAAGUACCGCCUCACCAGGGCGACCGUGGACAGCCUCGAUCUCUACCUGGUGGAGGGAGGAUCUGCUCUCAAUGUACAGGUUAUUCCUUUGAAACUUGCAACUUGCAACCUUCAUGGUGACAAUACCAGAGCUGGCAUAACAGGCCUUGUAGAACACAUAUCAAUUAAGCAGUAUAUCUCUACAGCUCCUAUACGCCACGACACCAGCCAACCAGCAAUCUGGAUUGAAUCAGGGGGUGUGUCACUUGGACCAAUCAAAGCAGAGGCUGCCAUGGCUUUACUGAAUCAGGAUUUCCACUCCUUGCAAAACCAUUUUUUGACAACUCAUGAUUCAACAAGCAAAAGACUGUGGUUCUUGUGGCCUGCACAUAUGUUAAAUGUGCCAAACAAGGUGAUAGGAAAGUGUGGUUGCCUUGGGGGAUGUUGCUUUUUUGGCAAUAAUAAGAAUGGUGAAGACUUCUUUCAAUCUAGGAAGUUUCAUGAAGUUAUGCCAACAGCUGUUUGCAAGGUAUCCCCAGCAGGUAGUGAUCCUGGUUUCGGCCAGAGUUUGUUACACAAGGAUAGGCUUGUGUUUGAGACUGGUGCCAGUGGCUGUGUGUCCCCGGGGAGAGAGUUUGUGUUUACGAGGGGUUACAUGAGCGACAUCACCACCCCUGACACUCCAGGAGCCACUAUAACUGUGAUAGAGGAAUGUCUGCCUAACAAAAACAUUUUGUCUCCUAACGUUGCAAAGGAAAUUCCAGUCCCCAAACAUUCCGAUUCCCACUCUUCCCCACCAUCUAUUGCAAGGAGUCCCCCAACUGAUUCUCCAUCAGCAUCCAGUAUUACAACAACACCACCCAACGAACAGUUUUCAAUUGAUACUAUUGGAACAAACCCAUUUGUUACACUGAGGUCAACUGACUCCUCUGUGUUAAGAGACUAUGAGAAAGGCACAAUGGAUGGUGGUACAUUGAAGUCAGUCGGAAGUAAUUCACUGAGUUCUUCAUCUUCCCCACCUCCAUUCAGCCCAACUAUGAGAUCUUCACCUGCUCAUAGUCCAUCCUCCAGGUCCUCAGUUCAGAGUCCAUCAGGCCGCUCUUCUAGUAUACACAGUGCAAGCCCAGCUUCAUUACGUAGGAAGCCAGGUUUUGCGUACAACCAUGAAGGCAGGCAGACUUCCAUUGUUUCCCUUGACAGUGAAAUGUACUUCUCAGCGGAGGAAGACGCCCUCUCCUCAUCUGACCCAGCAUUCCCAACACUUAAACAUACCUCCUUUACUGACAUGCUGUCCUCUGAGACUGACAGUGUAACUUGGGGGAAAGAUGAUAUGAGUACCAGUCUAGUGAUGGACAAGAGUGAUCUGUCCACCAAGGAUACAACUGUGAUAGAGAAGCCAACGUUCUCCUCAUCUGCCUCCUCUGCAUCCACCCUAUCCUACAUGUCAGCAGAUACUGACCAGGACGAGACCAUGUCGAAUGCUGGGCUGCCUAUGGAAGACCUGUCUAUGGUGGACCUCAGAAGCCAGGUGAAGAAUGCCAUCACAAAGUCACCGGUGUUGCUGCCCUGCUAUUCUCACCACAUGACCAGGAUGCACUGUGACAACUGGGCCUCCCCCGCCCCACUUCAAUCCCGGUUCCACAGGGUGCCUACUGAACCUUCCCACCUCUCUCUGUCCUCAGGCAGCCAGUCUCUUGGCCAAGGAGGGCCUAGCUUAUAUAUGCCUCACUUUGUCAAGGUAAAGCAGGGUUUCAGUGUGAGGAUAAUGAAGUCUAAAGACAUGCUGUUUCCUUCUGAACGGGCCGAGGACAGCUCCUGGGAUAACAUUGAGGAGCCUCUACUGGAUCAUGUGGAUGGAGGAGUUCUUGAAAAUGCCAGCAGGACAACAGCCACUGUGAAACUGAGGGGCUCUGUGGAUGUCCUUCUGACUCCCCUGCUAUUAGAGUCCUUUCAGAGAAUGUGUGAAGCAGUGACCCCAGCUCUCAGCCAACUCCACCCUUCCUCCAUCCUUGAUGGGCUGCAUUUCCGCUGCCUGGACAUACUUAAGAGCCAAAAUAGACUUAAGAAGGGUGAGAAUGGACUAGAUACCAACACCCCAGACAGUGACACUACAGGUCCCCAGCAACAGUUCAGUGCUGAGAGCAGAGCACCAGACAUGAAAACAUCCAGCUACCAGGCACUCAUCAGCUUACCAAGGAUCAACAUCUGCACAUUACAGGCAGGAAUGGUUGAAGAGCUGAUCUCAUUCUCAGCCCUAGACAAUGUACAUGAACUCACCUGUGUGUCCCUGAUGGGUGUGUCAAUAGAGGAUGUCAGGUGUCAACUCCUGUCCAACAGCCAUUCAUGUAAAACCACGAGAGGUGUGCUCCCUAACAUCCUGAAUGCUUCACCAACCUCAAACAAAGGCCGAGGGGACGGUGUUGACACUGAGGACAGGUCUGAGGUGUUGCGAGAGGAAGAUGUUGGGACUGUCAGUGUUAAAGCAAUACAUUUCCAGCUGCGAAGACUGCUAAAGGACAAUAAUUUCUCUGAGGAUAUUGUGCUCACUGCGAUCCCUGAACAAAAGUCGAAGGUCAUGUUUACGUUUGAGAAUGAUGUGACAAAGUUGUUUUCGCCGGGCUCCAGUAAACAUGGAGGAAAAGUGAAAAGAAGCUCUUCAGCAAGGUCUGAGAAGGAUGGGAAAUUGCGUAGACCCUCCAUUGUGCGCCAAGUUUCUCAUGAUAUGAAAAAGCCAUCAGAUGAUCGAGCUUCUGUUCGAAGUGUUCACAUGCAGCAGAACCCCUUUGAUGCAGCUCCACAGCCAAAAGUCCUCAGACAAAAGAGUAAGGAUAAGCAAGAUGAACCUCGGGUACGAACAUCUUCAGUUAGAGAUUAUAGUAAACACAGCAUUGGCUAUAUUAUGUUUGAAUGUGGCCUGGAGGAUAUUGGUAUCACAGCCGUCAGAAGAAUUGGGUAUAAGGACAGGAGUCCUGGCUUUCUUGUGCAUGAAAAUGAACAUAUCCAAGAAACUGUGCAUAAGACACAAAAACAAACCAAAUCUGAUGUAGAAAACCAAGGGCAUACUUCAAGUGACUCUCAAAGAAAAAGUGAUCAUAGUGAUCACCAAAAAGUAAAACCUACAGUCAGGAUUACUGUUGACACAGAUCCACUGGGUGUGACUCCCAUGGAUUCACUUAAAGCCAAAGAAUCUCGCCAAUACACUAGUUCCAACUCUGUACACUCUUGGGACUCGCGGAUCUCCAUCCCGUCAGGUUCGGCAAGUCUGUGCGAGCAUGAGGCCCUGGAAGGGGAUGCCUCAAGCGGAAUGUUAAAUGUGAAGACAAUCUGGUUCAACUUUGCUGCCCCACCUCCGCUACCCAUUAAGAGGAAAGCAGACUUUACCAAGUAUGAUUGGAACCUGCUUAGUACUGCAACUCCUGCUAUCAAUGCGUGGUUGUCCCCACUUGACCGACUGAUGACAGCAGCCCGCAGUCUGGCCCAGGAGUUGACACACAGGAACAACACUGUCAUGGCCUGCAUCAUGACGGACGGCCUUGAGAAACAGAGCAUACAUAUGCCAUAUAAGAGCAAUUAUGCAAAGAUCACUACAUUUUCCAAGACCCUCCAGGAGGAUGCUUCGUGCCAGUUGUUGACAGUCCUCCGACGCUACAUCCAUCUAGUGGGAACCAAUCAGGUGGAGCAAGCUGUUACCUCGGAAACCAUUCCCCAACUUAUCACCAUUCAGAAAGGUAUCCUGGCCCUGACCAGACAGUGGAAGAAUGUGCUGUACAUGCCCCAGAUUUCACACUUCAACUUCAAAACAAAGAAGCACAGACCUUACACAGUGUCCUUUGCAAUGCCAGGGGGCGACAAAUCAUUCGAUGAGGGAGACCUAGAUGAUGAUUUGUCUGUACAGUUUGACGAUGACCAGGUAUCACUUCUUGAGGAAGAAUCACUGAAAAAGGCUGGUUCCCAAGGAAGCUUGCACAAACUGAGGGCUGGUGCUCGUCUCAGAUAUGGUGAUGCGUCCAAGGAUCCAGGGCCCAGUGUUGCUAUGUCCAAGGCAUCUGCAACAGGACUACAGAAAGCAAAACAAAAACAGCCUGGCCGAAUGUUUGAGUCCCCCAUUCGAGAGACCAACCCCCAUAUGACAAACUUGCUCAGGAAUGAAAGUGUGUACAGCUUUCAGUCAGCGAGUGGGAUGAGUGGAGAACACCAUGCAGCUCACACGCCUCCCUCCACACCAUAUAGGGGAAACGGUAGUAACAUGCCACGUUCCAAGGUGGAUGACUUGUAUAGAUGGAUGUCCAUGCAGCAGAGUAGCGGGUUUCCCACCCUGGAGGAGGAGCCCCCUGGCUCUGUGAGGAGGCAGGACUCCUUCCUUGAGACAUUUGGGCAUGGGUUUGGGCAGGAGGACAGCCACACUGAUAUCAACACUGACCACUAUACCCUGGGGACCUGCAUUAUGCAGCUAGCUGAUGCCCAGAACCUGUUUAAGCCAUUCCUGCAAAGUAUUGGCUUACAUGUGGAGAAUGUCAGGCCUACAGCUAUGUUGAAAAACUUUGGUGGGAAUCUGUCCUUGCAGGGUCAGCUAGAUGUGUUGAAAAUUCAGAUUGCUGAUUCUGUGCGGGGCAGGAAAGGGAAGGGUAAAGGGAAGAAAAGUGUCAAGUUGGAUGCCUGUUUAGAUUCAUCGGCUUUUCUUUGUGAAAUGUUUUCUAUAAAAAUCUCUAUGAGGGAUAUUGUAGAUUUUGAGAAAAAAGACUCUGCAGAUGAUGGAAGAUUUAGGAAAUUCCCUUUCAAAUUUGCCAUGCACAAGCUUGAAGCCAAACCUGCCACUAUGCAGAUGAAUGUCAUUGCCAAUGUGCAAGCAGUGACACAGUAUGUGGACAUGCCAUUGUUAAGGCUCAUCCACCAGUUUGUGACCAUGAUUGGAAAUGUGAACGAAACCAGGAUUGAACUUAAGCAGGGUCACUCUACUGUAGACUGGAUCAGGACCCACAGAAAACAGGACUCGAAGGGGUCUUCAUCAAGUGCAGAGACAGUGCACUCAGAAAGCUCCCACACUGGACUAAACUCAGCUAAAGAUAAGCCAGAGAGGAGCUCUUCAAAGUCAAAUCUUGCAGGUGAAUCCAAUUCUGACGAAAGCAUCAAACACAAUCGAACAAAACCUUCAUUUUCAUCCUUUAAACUUCCAUUUGACACUAUAAGACCUGAAAAACUGAGCUUUACUUCAUCUUUGAAGAAAGGUAGCUUAAGAUUUCCAAGGGAUAACAGGAAAGGUCCCAAGGCUGAAAUGAAAUCUCCUGGGUCAAGAUCUGAACAUUUGACUCCUCCACAGAGCCUGAACUUCAGCGAUACCAUAAACAUUGAAAUAGGUGACACUUCCUCCCCAGCAGUAGUAGAGAAGACAAUCAUAGAAGAAAUAAAGGCAGAGACGCCAAAGUGUUGGAAGACCUUGUACCAUUUAUUGGACCUGUAUUCUACUAUGCCGGAGACGAAGACGAUCCAAGGUCGGAGGUCAACUCGUCAUCAGCUGCCGGUGAUAGAGGAAGAGGCAUCAGAAAAGGCCAACAUGAGCACACCAACUGGCAGUGUGAAGACCAGGAUUGACCUUGCAGCUGAGGAAGAGGCUAACCUUGGUACAGCAACAAAUAGCAGUGGGGAGUAUGAGAACACACCCCUGGCCCGGUCAACAUUUGCAAGGACACGGUUCAAACAAAGUAUCUACAUAGGAGACAGUAUACCACUGGUUGUGUUUGUCAUAGCCAAGAUUGAGAAAGUGAACAUUCUCGCCGUUCUGAGUGGACUGAAGCUUGAGGCAGAGCUCCGUAACGUCCAUGCCACAGGCACCAUCAAGGAGAAAGUGAAAGGCUUCCUACAGAGGAAGUCAUCUGAGUCAUCAUACACGGCACAUGUCGGUCAUACAAUGUUGGUCCUGCUGGAGGGACCCACUCUUCAGACAGUGGUGACUGUGAACAUUGGACGGUCCCAGGCCUUGCACACGGCUGUGAAGCGGCGAGGCAAGGGGCAUAACUCUGCACUAGUGUCGGUGGGCGAGAUUGAGGUGGAUAUACCCCAACAUCCGGUCGUCCUGCACGGCAUGCUCACCCGGGGAACCACACAGCUCUCCAGCACUCUACAGGAGUUCCGCAGGCCUAUCUCAAGGACUAGCCGGAAUGUUGAGGACAUGUAUGGAACCUUGGACUCCAAGGGUUCGGGCCAGGAGGCGACCCGUCCCUCUGUUGUGCCCCAGCGGUCAAGGAUCAUUGAGGCGAAGAAAGCUAUGAACCUCCACAUACACCUCAAGGCCAUCUUACAGGGGAUCACUAUCGGGGCCUCACUUCUCCCCUCACUCAGGGCACAACACAAGACUGGUCCAAUCACCAUCAGCGGUGGGACAGUAAAGAAGGCAAGAUUCACCCUAGACCUCCCCCACCACACACUCAGCUUCAAGUCAAAGCCAGAAGUUCAAGUAUUGGAUGAGGUGAAGACCCUAGAGACUUCUAUCCCAUCUUCAGCCAGUAUAGACCUGCCCCCGAUCCUUGUGUAUGCUGACUACAGACACUACAGUGCCAACGCUCCUGUGUCUGAGGCUCUGACAGAGGGACUUAUGCUUAAGGAGGGAAACUACCUAAAUGCAGUAGCCGAGGUUGGCAUGUUUGAACACAGCCUCACCACAGACCUCCUCAAUCAUCUCGUUUUUGUGCAGAAAGUUUUCAUGAAGGAGGUGAAUGAGCUGCUCCAGAAAGUAUCUGGUGGGGAUCGACCGGUUCCUAUCUGGGCUGACCCCCAGCAGAGGCCUAUUCCCAGGGCAACCAAGGACCAGAUACUAUACUCAUUCCACUUCAGGCUCAAGGGUAUCCAGAUAACGGCCACAACUCCUACAGCCAGUGCUGUGAGGCUGGAGACUGAAGCUAUAGACCUAGAGAUCUCCAACAGGGUACACAUGGCCUCUGACACCAACACACACACAAUCUUUGAGGACAACCAGAAAGUAUUUGUGAAGGCCCAGGUGGACCUCAGUCUGUCCCUCGGACAACUCAUAAAAAAUCCCCUGUUUGAAGAGGCAGAUCCAGAAUUUCAGACCAUGGCUUUCUUUAAGACUAAGAUUUCAGUCAGAAAUGCUCUACAGGAUGAGAUGAUCCCAGGCGUGUCUACAGACCAGGAGGCCCUCCUCAUCAACCUGUCCAGGCCCAUCGUUCUAGCUCAACCCCUCGCCUUUGAUAAAGCUGUGUUGGUGUGGCUUAACUACAAGAAUGCCUAUGAGUACUGGACAGAGCAGAGACUAGCCCUGAACAAGGAGGUACAGACGGCCACGCGGCAGGUGAUCGAUCGCCUCCCUCAGAUAAGCCCUGCCUCCCAGCAGGCACUCAGCACACUCUUCUUACAGCUCACCGUCAACGACAUUGGCCUCUGUCUACCCAUCACACCUUUUAACUCUUAUGUACCAACGAAGUUGACAGACACUGAGCCUGGUUCGGCCGUUGUGCUCACCAUUGAGAGUACACAGAUCUGUGCCUGCUCCUCCGGCUCCCUCGUGAGUAAGGGCAAGUUUACAGGUUUUUGUCUGCGGGUAGCAAGUGACUUUGAGACAUCCCUGGAUGACUGGAAACCCAAUCGUGAGGAUCAGGAUAUUGUGAUGAAUGCAUGUGUUGUCCCAGAGGGCACAUACGAGGUCUGCUCUAGAACCUACAACCCACAGUCAUCUGAUCCCAAUAGUAAUGCAAAGUGGAUUCUGAACAUCAAGUGGGACAUGCAGGGUAUCGAUGUUCACCUAGACACGAACAUCGGGAAACAAUUAUCUGCCCUUGGCCAGACUCUCACCUCACUGACUGGGGAGGAGGAUGAGGAAUUUCUACUGGACCAGAGUAACGAGAGGCUUAAUGUUUCCCUGGAGGACAUGACUGACUACCCUGUGGCACCAGUUGACAUGGGCCAUCGGCGUAUAAGCCAGGUGGGAGAGUCCCUGCCCAAGUUUGUGUUUGACUUCAGCAUUGAGCCGAAGAAAAGGGCCCGCUUGUUGGAGAAAGAAAUGAAUGAACAAGCCAAAAUAGUACAGGAUCUUAGGACCUUGGGAGCUAGCCAGUCGACGAUUGACACAGAGACACGGAAACUUGAAGAACUGAAGGGGAUCAUCUUCAAUGACUUCCGAAAAGAGGUGCUCUGCAGGAUCAAGAAACAGGGGGAAAAGGCAUCCGUGUUAAAAGACAAACUUGGAAUAGGGUCCAACCCAGCACAUAUCAGAUCCAAGUCCUAUGGAGGUCGUACUGAUAAACACAGGGAAAGUGUUUCAGAAUUUCAUUUUAUGCUGGACAGUGCUCCACCAGACAUGUUGAAGGUGAUGGCCCAUCACACGAGGGGUCAUUCUGACAGUGGUGACCUUCCUGAGGUCAGUCAACACAAGGUCCAGUUUGGGGAGACCACAUCAAAUGUGUACACCCCGCCUGAAACACCAGAAGGAACGCCCUUGCACAAAACCACCUUCCCGAGUCGCCAGACUCGCAGCCUGUAUGUCCCAACAAUACAGAAAGAGUUCUCGUCCUCCUCACAAUCCUCAGAGACAAGCAGCACAGGGGAGACAUCAAACAGCGACGAGGAGGUGAAGGAGGUCUUCAUGGGGCAGAGUGUUGAGAGCAGCCCAGAGAAGAAUGUAGGCAAGAUGAGUAUUUCAAGCCCAAGUAUUGGCAGUGGGGGCUCCAAAUCUGUCUUAGAGCCCAAUGUUGACUUUGAGCUGGACAUCAAGGUCAUGAUAGACAGUGGCAAGUGUAUGCUCCAUCCAAAAGACUCAGCCAAGGAGGAGGAGGGCAAAAGGAACAAGCGAGACAAGACUCCAACCCCCGGAACAGACCCGCCGAUGCUGAAGAAACAGGAGUCCACAUCGGCCAUCCCAAGCAGCAAGAAACAUCAAGCCCCACAGCAACCUGUCAUAGAGACAACGGUCUUCUUCCUGCCUGGGGUUGAUGUCAAGGUUCGCUACAACUCGAAGACCGACUAUGUGAGUUCCCCUUCCAACACAAUGACCGAGGUGGUUGUUGACCCAACAGACUCCACAAUCAAGCUUGAAGACUCUAUGAGUCAGUCACGGCUCCGUGCCAGUGUGAAGAAGGCUAAUAUCUACGCCUGGCUGUCUCUACAGUCACUGCCAGAGGAGAUGAUCAUCAGCCCUUGCCUGCUCAUGUAUCUGGAGCAAGCCCUGGAGCCCAUUCCCUUUUCUCUCACCUCACAAGUGAAAAAAGGCCAGGCAGUGAAAGACAGUGAGAUAGACACAGAUAUCACUGCGUCGUACACGUCACUCGGCACAACAACCUUCUUGGGCCAGUUUCCGGUGGAUGUUAUUGUCUUUAUUCGUGUUGAGCCAUCAAUCAUUCGUUUCAACUGUCUCCCUGUGUCUAGGGUCGAGUGCCUUCUGCAGGUGCCCUCCCUGGAGUUUGUGUUCUCCACAAAGAGAUCUGACACAGAGGCCCUGCAAAGUGAUGGCACUCCACCACUAAAGCCCAAAUUUGGUAUGAAGCUGAGUCGAGAGCGCCACUCCAGUGGUGGUCGGGACAGCAAGGCGCGUAAUCCAAGUACCUCGGAGCUGGACAAUUUGACCUCAUCUGGGGGUCUCAGUGUGACUGGCUGUCUAACAGACUUCUCCCUCUACAUAUUCCACCCAUACGGCGGGGGACAGAGGAAAAUGCAGACAUCACCACGGUUCCUAGGCAGUAUCCAGGAGCAGACAGUGUUGGGAGAUAUUCAGAGGAAAGACUCACUCAGCCUCAACCUGGAGUAUGUUAACUUGAACAUCUCGCGCACACGCAAACUUGAAUACCGUGUGGACAGAAGCAUAUCUGAGAAGUGUAACAUUGUCAGGUUCUCUACUGUGUGUGACAUUGGCACUGCAGCAUUUAAGUAUGACAUGAGGCGCCUUGGUGAGAUUCUCUCAUUCCCAAAAGCCUGGUACCGGCGUAAUCUCGCGAGGAGACUCUUUCUGGGUGAUGAGAGCUGGGCAGCGGAUGAUGAAGCAAGAAAAAAAAGACGCAGUAAAGCAGAUAGUUCAAGUAUGUCCUCCACAGGAUCUGGAGUGGGCAUGGCCAACUCCACAUUUAUGGGCAGGGACCUCAACCUAGCCUCCCCACUCUCCCAGCAGCCCUGCACAUCAUCCCCUGCUCUGCAUGUACACUCCCACAGUGACCUUUGGGACCCUGGCCUUGACCCCUUUGUUCAAGGUCACCACCGUAGGGGGUCAUCAGGUGAUAAGAAUAACAUUGAAAUAAGUCCCGAGCUGAAAUAUGAGCUUGCCUACAGAAUAUCUCAACACAAAGGUGUCAAACUUGUAGAUUAUUUUGGAGUGGGGUCAGUGCCUCAGUCUCCUAUAGAUGCCCACAACAGUCCAUCAGACCUGCACACUACAGGCAGCCCGGGUGCGGGCUUCUCAACAUCACCAGGAGUUGCCACCUCAGGCUCUGCCCCAAGAUCUGGGGGACUCUCCCGCCGGAACAGUCAGCUGCCGGCUAACACAGGCAAUGGCACAGGUCGAGGCAGCAGUGAGAGAAAGUCUACAGGUUGGCAGACCCUGGUGCUAUAUGCGGUCAGUCUGAAACAGCUAGACUUUCACGUCAACAUGAGCAAUGUCAUGGGAAACACUGUUUGGAAUACCCUGAAUAUACAGAGCCAGGGGAGGUUGUCUAUAGACAGUACUGGCCACAAGGACAUGAGGAUAUCUGCUGGACUGGGAGGCUCACACUUUGAGAGCAAGGGCGGAGUCAUUGGAGGAAAUGUUGACCUGCAGGAUAUAUCCACUUACUUUGAGUGCCUGGAAGACCCCAAGCUUGGAAAAGAUCCCCUCCAUGAGGCCGGUGUGUCCAUGUAUGCCAUAGAGGGCAGGGUGGACUAUAUGGGAUCCAGUGUCCUCAUGACGCGCCUCAGCGACAUGAACCUAAGUUUCCGUGAUGAGUGGAAGAUUGACAAACAAAAGGACCUGGAUGCCCCAUUGGCUACCACUAGGACUGCCAUACUGUUUGCCCAUGGCGACCUACAAUGGGACAAGUUUCACAUCCUGAUAUCACGAUCCACCACACCGGACCUGAUGAAGAUUGUUUCUAAGCUGGACGAGUUCAUAAUGCAGCAGUUUACAAGUAGCAAGAGGGCCCUUGGGGCCAUGGGACCCAUACCAGCCUCGGUCAGGCAGAAAAUGCAGGAAAAACAUCGCUCUGGAGAUGAGGAGUCAUUCUUGUCAGAGUUAAGGCACCACCGGCACUGGCAGAAUGCCCUGAGCAACAUCACGGGCUGCCGUUUCUCCAUGCUGCCGACCAUGUUGCCCAAGGAGGGCGUGAUCCUGGGCGGGACCCUCACACUUCGAGGCAACAACCUCUCUCUGGGAUGCUUCCAUGGCAUCAACUUCCGCUCAAAGUCGUGGGCUGUGUUCACCCUGAAUGAACCAUACAUUUGCUUUGCCACAGAAAGUCAGAAGACCCCAGAUGAAGGUACCCAUGUGGUUCAGGAUUUGACAUUCUAUGUUGGCCAUGACCUGACAUCCCACCAGGAGAAACACAUGGCCUAUGUGAUGAAGGUGUCACGGGGACAUGCCAUGCCUCCUACUUUCACCAGUGCUCAUGCCUGGUUCCACUAUGCCUUCUCCUCAUCUGAAAUCAAGGACCUGGAUGAUUUUCCCCGAAUGCAGCGAGCAGGUAGUGAGAGCCCGUCUGACUACCGUAAGCGUCGAUAUGACUACCACCACGAUAGUGAGGUCAUCUUUGCCCUCCCUUCCCUCCAGCUACAGCUGAGAACCAAACAUCACCAGGCCGACACAGAACCUAUAGAAGCUGAUCCGAAGCCAGUUGUUGAGUGCAGCUUUGUGACGGAAUUUGAGGACCACAUAUAUGUUGCCAUGGAUGCAGAAGUGCUCCUGUUCCUUCAUGACCUUGUCAUGUCCUACAUCAGGGAGAAGGAUAAAGUGUCGACUGGUCGUCCCUCCUCCACAGCAGGGAAGUCCAUGAAGUCACCAACGGAGACAGAGAAGAAGAAAGUGAUAGAUGCGGUGACAGUACUGCAACAGGACUGGCGUGAAUUUGAGUGUAAAACAUGGCACCUAGAACCUACUGUCAGGUUCCUACACUGGGCGAACAAGCAGAUAGAUCCAGUGGGUGUGGACUAUGUAUUGUCCAAGUUGGGCUUCUCCCACGCGCGGGUCACCAUACCCAAGUGGAUGCAGCGGGGCUUUAUGGACCCCUCCGACAAGAUCCUCUCCUUGCUUGUCAAUAAAUUAAUUGUCAUACUGCGGGAGACACCACAGACUGAACAGAAAUAGGUCUCACCUUUAGUGCUCUGGAUAUGCCCCACCAAGAAACAAUUUGUGAUCUGUACUUUACUUAGUAGUACUUAAUAUAAUUUCUGGUCUUAAGAAAGGACAAAAUAAUGUUCUAUAUUUGCAUUUACAAACACUUAUCAUACAUUUUACAUUAUCAUAUUUAUACUCAGUUUAUAUAUAGAUGGAACUCAAGCUGUGUUAUUUAGUUUACCCUUAUUCUUACUUGCUUGUACCCGGUAUGUGUUACUCAUUAUCCUGUGAGAAUGGUAGAAUUAUAUUAUUAUUGAAGCGUAUGAAAAUAAUCGUUUUGAUUCUUGAUACUAUUAUUAAGAAAAGCAUGGACUUUGUUGGGUAUAUUCCAUAAUUUAGUACAGUUAAGUGUGUACAGUAAUGGCAAUUUAAUUUAGUGCUGCAAUUUACCAGGUAUGCGAAUAGCCUAAUGGAUAAGGAUUAUGUAUAAACCUAUUUAUCCCUAUUUUCAGUUUACACAAUUAUUUUUGCUAAACUGAAACCCUUUUAGUUUACUGUAUUUAUUCCAUGGAUGGUAGCGUGUGCUUUUUGCUCAUAUAUGUUUAAAUAUUAACCAAAUAUUUCAUCAGAGUCACUAAUAAGAAGGAUGUGCCAAAUUAUUGAUAAACAUAAUCAGGUUGUCAGGUAUUGUUUUAUCAUUUGUAAAUAUGUGUGUUCUAUCACAAGGUUUUUUAAGUUUCACAAGUUCAAAUUUACAGUUUUAUGUUGCUUUCAUGUUUGACAUCAUUUUUUGAUUGUUUUUACCUAGAUAUAAAUUUCUGAAGAAUGUGGUUUUGUUCUUUAUUCAAUGAAUAUAAUCAAGCACCAGUUCUGACUUUUAUUUUUAAAUCACUUGCCUGUAUUACUGGUCUGGAAUCAGGUCACCAUUACUUUGUAAAAUAUGUUUUAUAUUAUUGGUGACUUUUCUUUUUCUAUGUAUAAGGUUAAUAAAAUACACCUAUUCACCUUGAAUAUUUGUAAUAUUACAAAUUUGGAUAAUUAUCUACUGCUUGUUGCACUAUGAGUGAAGUCACUGUUAACAUCAUGUAUAUAUAUAUUGAGCUAUUUAUUCCUGUGUUAAAACAAAUUGAACAUUUCAUAUUGAAAUCUAAUUACAGUGCAUUAAAUCUUAAAUGAUUUGCUUUAUUAAACCAUGUUAAAACAUGAAAUUUUAAAAAGACUUUUUUUCUUUAUAAAAUAAAGAAAGUCAGCUUUGACACUUGCAUCAUGUUGUUUUAACUGACUGCUGGGGCAUCACUUGCAUCAAGAUUUACCCCAAUGGCCAAAAUAGGUCAGAAAUAGGUCUUGAAGAAAUGCUGAUUUUCCUAUCGGCUGUUUUUAAGUGUUUUAACAAGCAGAAGUUUACUUUAUAUUGGGGUAAUGAUUGCAUAAUACCUUAAUUCUAAUAAGUUCUACAUUUUCUGUAUGUGGUUCAUAGAUGUAUUGUAAUUUAUGUGCAAUAAACAUGUACAUGAACAAUAUAGCUUCAUCUAGCUAUUCAUACAUGUAUGUGUACUUGUAGCUAUUUACACAUGUACCUAGUGUAACUAUUUAUAUGUGUAGCUAUUAAUACAGAUGUGUGUAGCUAUUAAUGCAUGUAAGCAUACACAAAUAGCUACUUAAAUGUUAACCUGUUCAUGUACCUGUUAAUACAUGUACCUGUACAUCUGUAGCUAUUUAUACAUGUACCUGUAGGUAUUCAUAUACCAAUGUGAAUCAGUCGUUCAUGUGUAUGUGGCAAUAGUACAUGUACGUGUAGGUGUAAUUAAUAAUGCAAGUAUGUGGACAAGCUUUUUAAAGUAAAUGAAUUACUUUGAAGUCAUCUGUUAUAUUCUUCCUCAGUUAUGCUUUAUAUUUACAAAAUAUGUUAUAAACAUCUAUUAUAAUGGCAUUCUCUUUCACUUGUUGAUUAUUGUCAACUUGUAUGGCAAACCAGUUGCUUUUGUCUUGUAGGAUAUUUUACAACUAUUUAUAUUCAUUUUAAUUUUUUAGUCAAGCUGCAUUAUUUUACUCAAUAAUUCCAUUUAACAGCUGAACUGUUAUUUGAUCAUGAAUAUUAAUUCGAUAUCAUUAUUUCAUUGCUUUAUUUUGUUGUUUUGCUUAUAAGAUAAUAUUGUUAUGAGUUAUCAUGAAUAAAAACAGA